CUUUUUAUGGCUUUGUCCAGAUUUCUUGUUGUGAGAGGCAUACUCCACGAUUUGCCAGUAAACCACUCAUUUUAUGAGGAUUAACCGACAAAAAUAUGAUGCAAAAUUCUGAACAGUGGAGAGUUAUGGGACCUCUCUGAAAACCCGGGACACUGGGAGACUUGGUGACUGCAAUCCUCAGUGAGUUGUAAAAAUACCACAGUUAUUAUGAGAACUACACCAAAAAAAAUAUGAAGAACUCCUUGGUCUUUCGACCAGCGUAUGGUACUGUCAGCUCGCAGUAGCGUCAUAUUCGUAUAUCAUUCCUCCGACCAAGCUAUGUCGCUGUGAAAUCUAGCCGCGUGUUUGUAUUAUCAGCAUCCAAUAUCAGCACUUGGUGGACCGAUUGACCAGCAGAUGGCGAGGGGGAGCGUUACAUGUUCAGUGGGAAUCAAGUAGUUAAUCAGUCCGUCCACCGAGGUGUGGUGCUAUACCACAUUCCAGUGAUGUUUGUGGCAUAAACACAAUGAUCAUAAGUUAAAACUCAUUGGAGUAGUGCUGAUUGUCAAGAAACAGGGUAAUAAUGGCGACUGAUGAAAGUGCUACAACGGAUAUAUCUAGCAGAGCUGAGAUGAAGGCCCGUCAGCGUUUACUGUUACUGCAGCAAGAGGAGCGACGUGCCCUCGUUCGGCUGGUGUCAAAGAUUCUAAACAAGCCUGUGGAGCAGUGUAGCCCAGAUGAACUUGCUGUCAUGGAUCAAAAUGAAGACAUUGUGUGUGAACUUAGAAGUCGUAAAAAGAAAAAUGAGCAGUUGAAGAGAAAGUUAAAAGAGGUCACAGAUGAUCCUGAGGAUGUGAAAACAAAAGCCAAGUUACUGGCUUGUGCUAUACGUGAAGCCAGUUAUGUGGUCAUCUACACUGGAGCUGGUAUUAGCACAGCAGCCUCAAUUCCUGACUACAGAGGGCCAAAUGGUGUGUGGACAAUGCUGCAGAAGGGACAAAGCAUCAGGUCCACAGACCUAAGUGAAGCAGAACCAACAUUUACCCACAUGGCAAUUGCAAAGCUGCACCAGGAAAAGUUGGUGCAACAUGUAGUCUCUCAGAACUGUGAUGGCCUACAUUUACGCAGUGGGCUCCCAAGACAUGCAUUGUCAGAACUUCAUGGAAACAUGUACAUAGAGGUUUGCACAUCGUGUUCUCCAAAUGUGGAGUAUAUACGUCUGUUUGAUGUGACAGAGAAGACAUCUUUACAUAGGCAUAACACUAGUAGGAAGUGCCACAAGUGUCAGAAUGGUCUGAGAGACACAAUUGUCCACUUUGGAGAGAGAGGUACACUGGAGCAGCCGCUGAAUUGGAAAGGUGCUGCUGAGGCAGCAGCAAAAGCAGAUGUUAUCCUUUGUCUGGGUUCCAGCCUCAAGGUCCUAAAGAAAUACCCAUGUCUUUGGAAUAUGAACAGACCUCCAUGCAGACGGCCUAAGCUGUAUAUAGUCAAUCUACAGUGGACACCAAAGGAUGAUUUUGCUUGUCUGAAGAUCCAUGGCAAAUGUGAUGAUGUGAUGCAGCUUGUCAUGGAAGACCUCUUUUUGGAUGUUCCACAGUAUGACAAGUGCAAGGAUCCCAUAUUUAAACUGGCUGUGCCCCUCACAGAGAAUGAACUGAGCAGUCAUAGCCGGAAGUGGAUUGUACCAUCAGAGGGAAUCAACCUUCCUGAAAAUAAAUGGCUACAGGACACAUUAGAGGCAGAUCCUGGAGAGGCCUCUUCAUCAGGUGGAUGGUUUGGUAGAGGAUGUUCCAAAGGCCAAAAGAAGAAAAAGAAACUAACAUAAAAGUGAAACAUUUUGACUUUAAUGGAACAUUUUUAGAAACUUUGCUUCUGCUGUUCUUAAAAUCAUUCCUUGAGGCCUGCACAUUUUUUGAUAUGUGUUGUCUUAAGCAGUAAUCCCAGUAAGCAGGGCUAGCUGAAGGCUUUAUUGCCUCAGAGUUGCUGCAUAUGCAUCUUAUUUAAAUGAUUUAACAGUUCAGUUAUACACUGUUAAAAAGAAAGAAAAGUCUUUCUGGAGUUGUGCUUCAAGGCAUGAGUUCAGGCAGCUAGAUAACUUAUAUAAGUACAAGACUCAGUCUGCUUACCUUUAGUGUUGUAUUUACCAGUCAUCUGGAGUUUCAUAUAAAUUAACAUUGGGUGAAAAUUUUUUACAUUGUUUUUAAGUAUUGAAAUGUAACUGUUUUUAAUAUUUACUGAUUAACUCACUAAUACCCCAAGUUUUUCCUUCACUUGAUUAACUUGCUGCAGUUGCAUACUGUUACAGGCAGCUGGCUGCUCUGUCUUCUUAUGUUUGCUCUCAUCUGUGAAAAUGCACUGCAUUUUAUUUAUUCACUUGGUAAUUAUUUUAUUUAGUAUAUUGGACUGAAGUGUCAUUAGGUCUUUGUGCUGAGAAUUCUGGUUUUACAUUUUUUGGCUUAUAAUGAAAUCAUUGUUUCAUAACUAA